UUCCAAUACCACGCUGAGUAUUGUUAUCCCGAUAGUUCUUUCGUCUCAGUCCGUGUGUAUUCCCGGGCGAAUGUGCUCGUGUGGUCUCAGGAGUUGCGGAGGUCACGGCUCUGGGACAGCCGUUUCAUCGCCCUAUGCUGCAGGAAAAAAGCAAUGAAAGUGCCGUUCAUGUUUUGCACGGCGAGCUGCUGAAUACUAACCGGUCUCACACCAUUACCAUCACCUUGCCCUUGUGAAGGCAGAUAUGGAUAAGGUUCUCAAAGCUGAUAGAAGAUUGAAACCACUCUCGUCCUGUGACGCUGAACCUGCCCCGGAAGAGAGAGCCCAGAGAAUUGCCAAAGCUGUCCGCAAACAGUCAAUAGAAGUGAAGGAAAAUUGGGAACAACUGAAAAUCCGUGCGAGCAACUGGCAGAAACAGGUGGAAAAGGCGUUGGAGAAACUUCAAGAACUGCAGAAAGUUCUGGAUGAUCUUGAGGCUCAUGUGAUAACAGCUGAGGGGGUCCACACUGAUUGGCAACCUGUGAGUGACCUGCUUAUUGACUCAUUGCAGGAUCACUUUGAUAAAACCACAGGUCAGGACUAUCUUCAAAAUCUGAGAUUGGGUUUUGAAAGACAGCAGCCUUUGUUUUGGAGAGAUAAUGGGAACUGCAGAUGCUGGAGAAUGCAAGAUAACAACGUGUGGAGCUGGAUGAAGACAGCAGGCCAAGCAGCAUCUGAGCAGCUUUCCUGGAGCAAGUCUGUUUUCCUUCGGAUGAGACGACUUUCAGACAUACUCCCUUUAUUAUGAGAUUUAAUUGCGGUAAAAUGAGGAUUUUUAUUCACUGAGACACACAUGACUAUAUGUUUAAAGCAUUGGAAAAAGCGUUCUGUUCGGACUGUCAUGUUAUCUGGUGUUUGUACCAGGCUUUCCGAUGAAAUGCAAGUGAUUAAGGAUGCUACUGAUGCCACAUGUUAUUACAAGAGGAAAUGAACAUACAAGUAAGGAUUUUAUGCCACAUUUAUACAUAGCAUGGACCAUGCAGCAUGGAUGCAGUGACUGAGUGAAAUGGGAUGCAGUGACUGAGUGAAAUGGGAUGCAGUGACUGAGUGAAAUGGGAUGCAGUGACUGAGUGAAAUGGGAUGCAGUGACUGAGUGAAAUGGGAUGCAGUGACUGAGUGAAAUGGGAUGCAGUGACUGAGUGAAAUGCUCACAGCGAAUUGCCCCCUCCAUCCUGACCCGCUCACAGCGACUUGCCCCUGCAGUCCUGACCUGCUCACAGCGACUUCUCUCUGCAGACCUGACCCGCUCACAGUGACUCGCCCCUUCAGUCCUGUCCCAAUCACAAGGACUUGCCCUCUCCGUCCUUACCCGCUCACAGUGACUUGCCCCUGCAGUCCUGACCCCCUCACAGUGACCUGCCCCCUCACUCCUGACCCGCUCUACAUUGAGGAAACCAAGCAGAGGCUUGGGGACCGCUUUGCAGAACACCUCCACUUGGUUCGCAACAAACAACUGCACUUCCCAGUCGCGAACCAUUUUAACUCCCCCUCCCAUUCCUUAGACGACAUGUCCAUCAUGGGCCUCCUGCAGUGCCACAAUAAUGCCACCCGAAGGUUGCAAGAACAGCAACUCAUAAUCCGCUUGGGGACCCUGCAACCCAAUGGUAUUCAUGUGGACUUCACCAGCUUCAAAAUCUCCCCUUCCCCAACUGCAUCCCAAAACCAGCCCAGUUCUUCCCCUCCCCCGACUGCAUCACAAAACCAGCCCAGCUGUUCCCUUCCCCCGACUGCAUCCCAAAACCAGCCCAGCCUGUCUCCACCUCCCUAACAUGUUGUUCCUCUCACCCAUCCCUUCCUCCCACCUCAAGCCACACCUCAUCCUGCCUCCUUGACCUGUCUGUCUUCCCUGGACUGACCUAUGCCCUCCCUACCUCCUCACCUGUACUCUCCUCUCUACCUAUCUUGUUUUCUCUCCAUCUUCGGUCUGCAUCCCUCCCUCCCUAUUUAUUCCAGUUCCCUCUCCCAUCCCCCUCUCUGAUGAAGGGUCUAGGCCCGAAAUGUCAGCUUUUGUGCUCCUGAGAUGCUGCUUGGCCUGCUGUGUUCAUCCAGCUCCACACUUUGUUAUGUUGGAUUCUCCAGCAUCUGCAGUUCCCAUUAUCAGUGGCAUUUUCCUCUUCAUCAAAGUUUGUGCAAAAGCAACACGAUAUGGGGCGGCACGGUGGCUCAGCGGUUAGCACUGCAGCCUCACAGCACUGGGGACCCAGGUUCAAUUCCAGCCUCAGACAACUGUCUGUGUGGAAUUUGCACCUUGUCCCUGUGUCUGCGUGGGUUUCCACCAGGUGCUCCGGUCUCCUCCCACAGUCCAAAGAUGUGCACGCUAGGUGGAUUGGCAAUGCUAAAUUGCCCGUAGUGUUCAGGGGCGUGGGUCUGGGUGGGAUGCUCCAAGGUUUGGUGUGCACUUGUUGGGCCAAAGGGCCUGUAUCCACACUGUAGGGAAUCUAAACAAACCUGUUCCCACAUCUCCAUGUUAUAACCCUGCUGAUCAAUGCACACAGAGAUGUUUGAUAACAAAAGGAUAACAAUAAUAUUCAAACCUAGUGCUGGAGAUGUAUUUUAAAUACACGGAGGCCAGUGUCGAUCUCCAAUUCAACUUUUAUUUACAAAUGAACUGUCUUCAACUUUAGCACUGCCUCAUUCAGAGAUAGUUGCCAGGGUGUCAGCAUCUCUGAUGCUCACACUUCUUAUCUGUCAGCCAGGGCUCCCUGAUUUGGGCUGUUAAUAUGGAACAAUCAGGCAACUCAUAUUCUGUGAGGUUCAACUGGCCGACCUGGUCACAAACCAGUGCGGUGUGUUCAUCGAAAAUCAAACGUACUAGAAAGAUACCAUUCCAUACCAGUGUAAAGGAAGGCAUGAGGCUAAACUGGGGAGGGAAGGGAACUGCUUAUUGGGGGUGGCCCAGAGAGUAAAAGAAAAUCGAAUGGGAAGAAGACCAUUUGAGACUGAGGGAGAGAGAUGUAAUUGCCUGAAUGAGGCAUUCCAAUUGCGAAAUGGAUUUUUGUGUAUACACCAUGUUCAGUUUCCCCGAUCUUAAUCUGUACUCCUCUUUAAAUGAUUAGUAUCUGAAAUUUCUGUAUCAUUUCCAAAUGUUCUGUCUCUAAUGUUAUGCUGUUGGAAUUGGUUGAACUGCAGAGAUAUUAUUUAUUUGCACAAAUGUGUUCAGUGAAAUGAGUUGCAUGCUAUUUAUGUAUUAUUCUUCCUGAUUCUAUU